CUGUCAAACUAAUGUCAUUACUAUAACAGCAAGGAGGUGCACGUGUUUUUAUUAUUGUUUAAAAUAGUUGUAAUUUAAAAUGAAAGUGCUAUCAGAGGAACGAACUCGAAUUUUAUUCGAGAAACUGACAAAAUAUAUUGGUGUGAACGUGAAGCUACUAAUAGACAGGCCGGAUGGCACAUACUGCUUCAGAGAGAAGAAGGACCGUGUCUACUACAUAUCAGAACGUCUAUUACACCUAGCACAGACCGUGAAACCAGACAACUUAAUAGCAGCAGGAACAUGUUUUGGCAAAUUCACUAAGACUAACAAAUUUAGACUGCAUAUUACUGCGCUGACGUAUAUAGCGCCGUACGCGCCUUACAAGAUAUGGGUGAAGCCUUCAGCCGAACAACAGUUUUUGUAUGGACAUCAUAUUAUUAAGAGUGGUCUUGGCCGCAUAACGGAGAACACACCGAAGCACCAUGGCGUAGUAGUGUACACAAUGUCUGACAUUCCUAUAGGCUUCGGAGUAGCUUCGAGGACUACGGCAGAAUGUAGGCAUGCUGACCCAUUAGCUACUAUCGUGUUCCAUCAGGCUGACGUUGGAGAGUACAUACGGUCUGAAGACACCCUUACGUAGUGUUUUAAGUUUAAUAAAUAAAUAGGUUUUAAUGUU